AUGGUUGUUCAUAUUGUAAACAGUUUAAACUACAUUUCUUCCGGGAUGGGUUGGUUUAAAUAGUUUACACACUUGUUGUAUUGAUCAUGGAUUUAUAAUAGGAAAUUGAUAUUAUUAUAACUCAAAAUCGUCUAUUUAAGACUGACCAGCAUAUGGUUCUUUACAUCAUAAUUUCUUCAGUACUUUGAACAAUAUCAUUUGAGUAUUAUAAAACAUGAUGAAUCGAGCGCUGGUAUUGAGUAUGGUGAUUUGUGUAGUAGGAACAAUCAUGGCAUCAAUAGGUACUGGAAUACCAUAUUGGAUAAGAAAAGUGGAUAGUAAUAUUGGCUUAUGGCAGAUAUGCAGCAAAGUUUCAAGCGACAAUGGAGCAGAAUACGUAUGUAGUAGCCGUGAAGGCAAAGAUGCAGAUUGGCUCAUAUCCGUUAAAGUGUUGACCAUAUCAGGGAGUAUCUUCUUAGCUCUCAGUGUAUUUUUCAUUGGUUUAUUUUCGAAGGAAAAUGCUAGCUCUGUCUUGAUCCGAUGCGCAAUAGUCAUGUCAGCUCUUGGAGGUAUGGCUCUGAUCGCAGCAGUUGUUGUGUUUGUAGUGGAGAACCAAGAUUUCAGAGCCGAUUUUCAUGCCAGCUUUUAUCUAACUCUUAUUUCCGGUGCAGAUGGAUUAUUAGCCUCACUACUUAUGCUUAUUUUAAUUCGUGUCCCUGGUGAAUAUAACACGAUUUGAGCAUAGACUAUCCUUAUACAGGCUUAUAGGCAGUGUCUUACUUUUGUUAAUGUUGAAUGAUGCAACAUGGUACAGACUGUUUUGAGCUUGUUUAUGGCACCAGAAGUACAUCAUCCAUAAAAUUAAUUUAUUUCAACUUGCUUUAAUCAGCCUGUGUAAUGUAUUAUUUCGGUAUGUGUUAACUUGAUAUUUGCACUUAAUAAUGUUUUGAUGUAUUUUGAAUACACAUACUGAUAUUUUUGUUUUAGCUAAAUAAGUGGAUGCAUAUAGAUCUUAUAUAUGAUAAAAUAUAAUAAAUUAUUACAAAAUA